UCCCCCACAACCUCUUGUUGCCCAGUCUCUGCCCCAGUCUCGUGGUCCCUCAGCCUUCAAGAUGUCCUCUGACAAGCCUCUCCCCUUCAUAUACCAGUUCGCCGCCGGCGCUGUUGCCGGUGUGUCUGAGAUUCUGGUUAUGUACCCACUGGACGUCGUCAAGACAAGAGUGCAACUCCAGACUGGAAAGGGAGCUGGCGCAGACUCCUACAAUGGCAUGUUUGACUGCUUUUCCAAGAUUGUUCGCAAUGAGGGCUUCUCGCGUCUCUACCGAGGCAUCACUGCCCCGAUUCUGAUGGAAGCCCCCAAGCGUGCCACCAAGUUCGCGGCCAACGACGAGUGGGGCAAGUUCUACCGCAAGGCCUUUGGCGCCGAAAAGAUGAACCAGUCGCUGUCCGUCCUGACAGGUGCCACCGCGGGCGCCACCGAGUCCUUCGUCGUCGUCCCCUUCGAGCUCGUCAAGAUCCGGCUGCAGGACAAGGCCUCGGCUGGCAAGUACAACGGCAUGCUGGAUGUGGUCGCCAAGACGAUCAAGCAGGAGGGUGUGCUGGCCAUGUACAACGGCCUGGAGAGCACGCUGUGGCGUCACAUCCUGUGGAAUGCGGGCUACUUUGGCUGCAUCUUCCAGGUGCGCCAGCUAUUGCCCAAGGCGAGCGACAAGCGGGGCCAGAUGUUCAACGACAUCAUGGCGGGUACGGUCGGUGGUACGGUGGGCACGAUCCUGAACACACCCAUGGACGUGGUCAAGUCGCGCAUCCAGAACAGCCCCAAGGUCCCCGGUACCGUCCCCAAGUACAACUGGGCCUGGCCUGCUGUCGGCACGGUCAUGAAGGAGGAGGGCUUCGCUGCGCUGUACAAGGGUUUCUUGCCCAAGGUGUUGCGUCUGGGUCCGGGCGGUGGCAUUCUUCUCGUGGUCUUCACCGGCGUCAUGGAUUUCUUCCGAAAGCUGAACGAGGGCAAGGCAUAAUAGACUGUGGUAGACAUGCUGAAACUGCGUCACAUGCUGAGCAUCGGUCCGAUUCUUUCACAUAGUUCUGCACCACCCGCCCCCCAACAAAGAGCAAUACAGUCAAGAGAAC